UUAGAGGCAGGUAGGAACUAUAAGAGCUUUUGUUUUUCAGAGCUGGAUCAAGGUUUCCUCAGAGACUGUAGCCUGUCUGUUUUGUCCACUGAAGGAACACUGAAAGCACCCAAAAGUAUUGUGGUAGAGUAUAAAGAACCCAAUUCAACACUUCCUGCUUCCUUUUACCACUCUUCGAGUGUUUUAUCUCCCUCCAACCCCCCAUGUAAGAUGUCCCUCCUGUCCCCAACUCUUACCAUGUGUUCUUCUGGCACGAGCAGUCUCCUGGAAGGCAAGUCCUCCACUCCUUAUGAGAGGAUGACCUUCCAGAAACCAAUCCUGGCCAGCUCAUUGGACCUUUCCUCCAUUGACCUGACUACCUCACACCCUUCAUGGGAAGUCUCGCUCAUCAAAAAUAAUGUGGAAAGCCCUAAAGUGUGGUUGGAUUCCAGUAAGGUAGAGUUCAUAUGGAGUCCAAGUUACCAAGCUACACCUCCAACGCUGGCAGAGAUUUCCUCACUGAUCUGUUCAGGGACACCGCCAGAGGGUCAGAGGUCAUGCAGGGACUUCACCUUUCAGGAUUCGAACCUGCGCCAUGCUGUGUUAGAGCUGACCGACGAGCAACAGAAGAGUCUGUCCCGAAACUUGGCCAUGUAGUUGUUUACACUAGUGCUUGUUCUAGGUAAGACCUUAAAACCAUAUGCUGAAAUGAUAUUAAAAGUUAUAGCUAUUUAUUUUCUAACUGUUUUUCAUGAUGUAAUUUUUUUUUUUUUUACAGGAUCUAUAUGGUGACUCAAGUGAAGAAUUAUUCUAAUUAUGUCUAUUUUUGUACUUGAAAUAAAGUCUGUUAUGUAUAUUAAUGACUCUGCUCAUUUUAAAGGAACUGUAGAAAACACUUUAUUCAAAAUAACAUUUUAUAAACACUUAAAUGCAGCAAGUUUACAGAUAAAAUGUAGACAGGCUGCUCAAAGUUCUGCAAGGAUGGGUGCAAACCUGGACAUUUCACAAGUCACAUUUGUAGGAUCAACAAAAGAGUAGUGUCCUAUUAUAGAAAUCUGUGUUUAGUGAAUUUAAUCUAAUUGAUACUGUUGAAUUCUCAUCUGAUUGGUCAGAAGGUGUUGCUUCAUUUUCUAUAACAGCGGCUCUGACAUUAGUGCCUGCUGCAAGGUUUACGUCAACACACUUGUUCUUAAUGUAUAUUGUUUCUAUAGAAACUGUUUUACAUAUAUAUAAUGUUUCUCUGAUGAUGCUUUCUUAAAGGUGUUUAACAUUUAUCAAAGAUGAGUUUGAGGAAAUUCUGUUCCUAGAAAUGCUGUUGAGAUCGAUUUAUUUAUUUAUUUAUUUAUUUAUUUAUUUAUGUGAAGCCUAUUAGUGUCCGGAAAGAGAGGGGCAAAAAGUGAGGCUGAUGAGGGAACGAGUGAUUAUAGCUGCUAUGAUGUGAGUGAUCACGAACCUUCUUCAUUAACUAUAAAUGGACCAGACAUAUAACAUUCUUUUAACAAACAGAAAACUGCCUUCCUACACAUCCUGACAUGUUAUUUGUAUAAGUUAACAAGGAAAAGGGAGUGAAAAUGAUUAUUUUCACCAAGUACACUACCAGUCAAAAGUUUGUGGACACUCGACUGAAAUGUUUCUCGAUCUUAAAAACCUUUUGAUAUGAAGGUGUGUGAUUAAAUGUUUGAAAUCGAGGUUGUAGACAAAAAUAUAAUUGUGCCGACAUAUGUUUCUUUCAUUAGAAAAUGAACAUCUUAUUUACA